ACGUGUCCGCGGGGGCGGAGUCAAGGCGCUCGGGAGCGAUGGAGGAACAAAGGAAAUUGCCAAUCGACAUACAGACCAGCAAGCUAUUGGAUUGGCUGGUGGAUCGGAGACACUGCAAACUGAAGUGGCAGAAUUCGGGGCUGGAGAUCCGGGAGAAAAUAAACAAUGCAAUCCAGGAUAUGCCGGAGAAUGAGGAAAUCAAACAGCUCCUCUCAGGAUCAUACAUUCAUUAUUUUCAUUGCCUGAGAAUCGUAGAGAUCCUCAGAAGAACAGAAGCUUCAACAAAGAAUAUUUUUGGUGGCUAUUCUUCUCAACGGAUGAAGGAUUGGCAGGAAAUAACGUCUUUGUAUGAAAAAGACAACGUCUACCUAGUUGAGCUGGCCAGUUGGCUGGUGCGGAACGUGACGUACGAGCUCCCCUCGUUGAGGAAGCAGAUCAGCAAGUGCCAGCAACUACAGCAAGAAUACAGCCGCAAGGAGCAGGAUCACAUCAACAAUGCCGCCUCUCUGCGCGACAAGUUCUUCGCCUCCUGCAGGCAGUUUGGAAUAAGGGGUAAAGAUGUCCAUCAGGAGGUGCUCUCCCUGUGUAAGGACCUCCCUGCUGACCUCAAUAACAUCGCCGAAGAGGCCAGAAACCUCACCGACAUAAUUCAGCUGUACGAAGCUUGCGUGGAGUUUGUCUGUGGCCGUGUCUCUGAGCCCAUCGUUCCGCUGCUGAAAUUCAUUCAGACCAGAGGAAACACCACCGUCUACGAGUGGAGAACGGGACAGGCACCAACAUCCGUGGAGCAACCGGUCAGCAAGGAGUGCGGGGAGACUCCGCCGACACAGGACACGGACACUAUCGACUGGGGAGAUGGUGGCAUGGUUGGGACUGAGCAGGCGGACGAGAUUGACUGGGGUAUAUCAGUAGAGGGGAAUACUGAGAGACCUGGUGCGGACCUCAGUGACUGGGGAGAUGACACGAGUGCUGCUGUUGAAAUCAAAGUAGUGGAUUGUGCUGAUGAAGGUGAUGGUGUGGCGAGGGGGAAAGAUGCAGUCAGCAUCCUGGAGCAGACAGAGACCCGGAACCAGUUCAUCAAUGAGCUGAUGGAGCUCCAGGUGUUCUUGACCCAGCGAAUCGCGGAGAUGAGGGAGGAGGCUGACAUCCUCUCCAUAAACCAGUUUCAGACAGCACCCGCUGCCGUACAGUGCCAGGACGUUGCCGGCUCCACAGCCAUGCUGACGCUGGUGGGCGACAUUGUCCAGAGACUGACUGAGGUGAAGAUGCGUCACCUGCUCCUGAUCCACGCUUCCCCCAGGUAUGUUGACCGUGUGACUGAACUCCUCCAGCAGAAGCUCAAACAGGCAGAGGCGGUGGGUGAAAAGCAGCACCUGAUGGUCCAGAAGAGGCAAGAGUCUCUGGAGGAACAGGCAAACCUGGAGCCCAAACUAGAUCUCCUAAUCCAGAGAACGAAAGAGCUGAAGAAGCUGAUCGAGGCCGAUAUCUCCAAACGGUAUCAGAACCGGCAUGUGAACCUGAUGGGGGUCUUUGUCUAAUCCCUGCCAUGCUCUGGGAACGUUUAUUUAUUUGUUAUACGCUUGUGGAGUUAAUGUUCACACCGAUGUGGAUGGAAGAGUGGACCAAAUGUUUCAUGCACACAGAAUAUUCUGGAACCUGUUGUUGCAGGCGGACCUAAGGUUUUGGAGUUUAGUUCGCCAUCUUUUCCUCACAAAUAGUUGGGAAAAGCUUAGAAACCCUUCUGAAUAAACAAAGUAUAACAGA